GUCACGGUUGACGUGUAGCGUGAAGAAAUAACAUGGCUACAAUAAACUGGGUGCUCUCGGCUGCUUUGUUAUUGUGCUUGUCGUGGGGAACAGUUUUAACCGAAACGUCCACUGAUAAAGUGCAUAAAAAAGUUUGUAUCAGGGAGUCUGAGGUCAACCCGUCGCUUGUUGAAAAAGCCUUUGACGGCGACUUUGCGGAUAACAGGGAGCUGAAGUGCUUUUUCCGAUGUUACCACGUCGAAUCCGGCUUCAUGAACGACAAGGGCGAGAUACAAACUGAUAAAAUCAAGGCUAAAAUUCCAAGCAAAGUCGACAAGAGAGUGAUUGGGCAGGCAAUCGAUAGCUGCAGGAGCAUUAAAGGAUCCGAUUCUUGCGAGACAGCUUAUAAAUUGCAAAAAUGUCUUCACGAAAAGAAAAUUGAUUUUGUAGGAGUUUAGAUUGAUUUUGGUAUUUUGGAAUUAGACAAAAUAGUUUUAAGAAAUAAAUAUUUUAGUGAGGUAGUAAAUAAUGAAUAAAACUUGAACUAAAA